CAGAAGAGACUAAAGAUAACAAUGGCAGGUGAAGACUGUGUAAGAAAACGCCAGUCUGGCUCCACUAUGACCUACAGGACCUCUGAAAAUGAAGAAAUGCAGAGGAGAGCUGAGGGCGAGAGAUCAUUCCAAAAUGCAAGCAAUGGCCGAGUUGAUGUGGACCAUGUGAUAACAAGGAAAAUGCAGCUAAUAGCAGAAGCUGAGCAAUUGAAGCCAGCUUUCAUGAAGGAAGUAGACAGUCAUUUCACAGAGUUUGUGAACAGUUUGGUAGCAAAAUCAGCGCUCCUGGAUUCUUCAUCUUCCCUCUCUUCUUCAGAAAAAGACCUACACAAAGCCAAGAUUUUGAGAGCCCCUCCAGAACAUGGCAAGAUCUUUACAGCCAGGAAAUCUCUGCUGGAUGAACUGUUUGAAGUGAGUCACAUCAGGACAAUCUACCACAUGUUCAUCGCUCUUCUCAUUGUCUUCAUCCUCAGCACGCUUUUAGUAGACUUCAUUGAUGAAGGAAGGCUGGUCCUGGGAUUUGAUCUCUUGGUCUUUGUUUUUGGAAAGUUUCCUGUUGUUUUCUGUACUUGGCUGUUCAUGUUCUCUGCCACAGUCAUUGUUCCGUACAGUCUUUUCUUCCAAUGGGCCCAGGGCUACUGCAGUUCCUCCCAUCGUGUAAUCCACUCUCUCUUCUAUGGGAUGCUGUUCACGCUCUUCCAGACAGUUGGGCUUGGGCUUGGACCGACCUAUGUUGCUAUAUCAUAUGCCCUGCCUCCGGCUUCCCGAUUUAUUGUAAUACUGGAACAGGUUCGUCUUGUUAUGAAGGCUCAUUCAUUUGUCCGAGAGAAUGUUCCCCGGGUCUUGUCCUGUGUGAAGGAGAAGUCCAGCCCUGUACCUAUUCCCCGAAUUACUCAGUACCUGUACUUCCUCUUUGCUCCCACCCUCAUCUAUAGAGACAACUAUCCCAGGAAUCCCACAAUAAGAUGGGGGUAUGUAGCUACCAAGUUUGCACAGGUCCUUGGUUCGCUUUUUUAUGCCUACUACAUCUUUGUGAGGCUCUGCAUUCCUCAGUUUCGCAACAGUAGUCAAGAAACAUUUAAUCUUCGAGGACUGGUCCUCUGCAUCUUCAACUCUAUUCUGCCAGGUGUACUGAUUCUCUUCCUGGUUUUCUUUGCAUUCCUUCACUGUUGGCUUAAUGCAUUUGCUGAGAUGCUGCGCUUUGCCGAUAGGAUGUUCUACAAGGACUGGUGGAACUCCACUUCCUAUGCAAACUACUACCGAACCUGGAACGUGGUAGUGCAUGACUGGCUCUAUUACUAUGCCUACAGAGACUUCCUUUGGUUUUUUGGUAAGAAGUUCAAAGCAGCAGCUAUGCUGUCUGUCUUCACUGUCUCAGCUGCUGUGCAUGAAUAUGUCCUGAGUAUCUGCUUUGGCUACUUCUAUCCAGUUCUCUUUUGCCUCUUCAUGUGCUUUGGAAUGGUCUUCAACUUCAUCCUUAAUGACCGUCGGAAAGGACCCAUCUGGAAUGUGAUCAUGUGGACGUCCCUUUUCCUGGGUCAAGGUGUCAUCAUUUGCCUCUAUAGCCAGGAGUGGUACGCCCGCCAGUACUGCCCUCUGGAAAAUCCUACAUUCCUGGACUACUUAAAACCACGCUCGUGGUCAUGUCAUAUGCAGAUGUAAGUGAUAUGCUCUGACUGCGUCAUCACCGCAGAAGAUCGGAGUCAUCCUCCAAGUGUUCGGACCACUGACCUAACUCACUACAGACUUUUUAUAAAGGAAGUUGUGCCUCCUGAUUACUGAGGAGAAACUGUAAUAUUUUUUUGUAACUUUACUGAGGCAACCCAGUUGAACUGGAUUGCGACAGGCUUCACAAGCAGCAUCUGAUGCACACUGUCCCAAUUUGAGCCAUUUCCAUGCCAGUAAAACAUUGAGCUGAAGGGGUGGAAUCUACUGGAAUCUUACUCAACCAGGGGUCCUCCAAGUUGCUGCUCUUCUGGACAGCAGAUGCUCUGGUCAGAUUUGCUAGUAGCUCACUACUGGCCUCCGUCCAUGUUCCUUAGCCAUCCCUUCGCAAUUAUUUUUUUUCCAUUUGUAAUGAAAUAUGUCUACAAAACUUGUAUUCUUUGUGACCCUGUUUGUUGCUAUGGCACUGACAAGUGGCAGAGCAACAGGUUAUUUACAUCCUUGCUGUGAAAAUAGCCAAAGUAUUCCUGGAUGGCUUUGAACUACAUUCUGCUAAUGUCAGCUGUCUAGAGAUUUAAAAUGUGUAGAGGAAGAAGGGAUUGUCAGCUUGCUUGUUGCAUUGGAGAAUUGGUUCUUUCUGGCUUUACAAAGAUUUGUUACGUUCAGAAGCAGGGCAUGGUGUUCAGUUUUUAUAAAUCCUUCUUUUCUUGUUUUAAUACUGAAAGUCUUUUCUUAGAUAAGCCCAAUCUCUGUAUUUAAGUUUCUAACUGACUUACAUCCUUAGCAUCUUUGUGCUCUGAAGGCCCUGUGACUUGAGGAAUAGUGAUGGGGUUUCUGGUUUCUUCAGUUGUUCUUAUUGUUGUUCCAAGAUGAUCAGUUCUCUUAAUGCUUUUUUUUGGCAAGUUAAAGAGCUUUUGCUUUAAUUAGACAGGUGCUUUAAGGUAUACAAGUUAGGAUCUCAAUAGUGAGAAAGCUCUGAAGUACUAUGACCCACUGUAAGAAAAUACAACUGACUUUUACAGGUGGUUAGUGCAUUCCCACUUGAAAUGGCUACAUCAAAUCCAGUGCCAGCAGGUCUUGGUGCCUCUUGCCAAUGUGUAUUGUUACAGCUUCUAAUACCCUGUCAAGGGGGUAUAAGGGUAGACACAGUGGCUGGAGUCAGAGCUGCUUUUCCUUUCAUCUGUCUGUCCUUGCAUCAGGGAAGAUUUCAGGUGAAGAUUGAUUUCCUAGGCAUUGCCUCCACCUUCCAAAGAGGAAGGACAUGCUUCCAUAUCUACUGUUAUGGGGAGAGGUAUAUAUGAAUUUGUGUCUAUAUCUAUUUGGUAACAACAGUUAACUGAUCUAUCAGGCAGAGUCUUUUCAGUUUUCUGUGCUUAGUUUGACAGAGCAAGAUUGUAAAUACUACUCAGGUACGUAUCUAUCCAGGUUUACUGCCAUCACAGCUCUUGUUAUUGGAGAAGGAGGGUGACUGAUUAGAGGUACCUUAACUUUGAUCAAAGGAAUUUCUCAAUUACUCAAGUGUUCUUUUAUUGACACUUCUCAGUAGAGACUUUUCUUUACUGACCUUUAGCCUAAAUGUUAGAUGCCAGUGUCACUGGACUCUUGAUGAGCUUGUCUCUCAAUCCACUUAGGACUGUCUUUUGGGCUACUGUUUUUAUUAACCUGAGUCAAAAGUAAUUUCACAAAAGCUAGGUGAUACUUCAACUCUUCCUGGUUUUCAGUUUUCCGUGAAAAAAAUCUGCCCUUCAGAAAGGACAUUCAUUGUGUCAGAUUAAAUUUGCCAAAUCUCGGCUUUGCAUAUAUGGCUCUUCUCAAAAAAAAAAAAAAGCCUUCCUGCUAGAAGUUGUUUACUGAAACAGUUCUGCUAAUUUUGGAGGGAGUUUAUGGAUAUACUUGAACUUGGCAGUAUUAGUAUAUAAAAUUGUGAGAAUGAGAUGGAUUACUUUCUCCUCAUUCAGUUUGAAUAAUCCUAUUUUUUCCAGGUUACCUUUUGGGAGGGAGGCAAGGGAAUCCAGAUCAAUUAAGGAGUCAAUCUCAACCCAAGAUUCCUUUAUAAAAAUUAGAGAUACAUAAAAACCAGCCCCCAAACCCUUUGUGGCCAAACAGCUUUGUCACCUGCUUAAUAGAGGGUGAAUGCAAGUCCAGUACUCUUGAGUCAUGGUGCUCAAAACAAUUAUGUACAGAUUUAAUUGCACUCGGAUAGGGUGUGAUGGAUUGGGUACUUGAUUUUUCUUGAUGCCUGUGUCAGGUCUUGCUACUAUCUCAGUGUUCUCAAAAGGAGAUAAAAUCACGGCACUUUAUGCCAAGUAGUGGUGUUUCCCUCACAGCUGGCAUUGUGCCAUAUCCCUAAUGAAGACUCUCCGCUUCUACUGUGUCAGCAACCUCAGUGUGUGGAGCCUAAGGGCUCGAGUGUCUGACAAGCAAAACUCAACCAGAAAGGGAUGCUCAGCUGUUGGAAUUAGUCUUGACGGGGGGGAGGUGGGGGAGAUUUAUAGCCUUGUAGAUCAAGGCAUCUGGCAACUGUGCUGUUAAGGCAUUAACAAUUGGGAUUACUUUCAACUUCUAGGGGGAGUUUCCAAUUGCCUUUCAAUGUGGGUUUGUUUUCAUUUUUCGAUAGUAUUUGAGGGGAAAUAAAAAGUCUUUUGCACAUU